AUGUUACAGCCGGUUGAGCCGAGCGUGGAAGAUUUUGUGCGAGAACUAAAGGAAGCGGCUGAAACAGGGGUCGAUGGUAAUGUGAAGAAUUUACUGCAUAAAAUAAAUACAAAAUAUAAGGAGAAAUACGGUAAAAGCAAUUCAAUUCGAUAUCAAAGUGUCGAGCUGAAGGAUAAAUCCGAGUUUUUUUCCAACAUUCACUACGAGUGUGUGAAAGAUGCACUGGAAAUUUUCAAACAUGAUGAAUUAGUAGCAGAGCCGGGAAGCAAAUUCCAGUACACAACUCACGGAUUUACCUUACUCAGUGCAGCAUUAGAAAAAGCAGCCAAUAAAACCUAUGUGGAACAAAUAACAGAUUUAUUCAGGGAAUUAGGGAUGAGUCACUCAUACCUUGACCUCAAUUUUCCUCUCAUCUCUAAUCGAGCCAGAUAUUAUUAUCGUGAUCCGGAUCAUAAAUUAAGGAAUGUUCCGGAAGUAGACAAUUCAAGCAAAUGGGCUGGUGGCGGAUUGUUGUCCACUGUUACUGAUUUACUGAUUUUCGCUAAUGCAAUGCUGUAUAGUUAUCAUGCAGCUCAACAGUUAUCAAUCGAAAAUAAUGGAAUGAAGCCUUUGCUCGAUGCCGAAACCAUGAAAACAUUUUGGAAGGGUGAAAUUUCAGAUCAUCGAGGAAAUGUGUACGCUCUUGGUUGGUAUAAAAUCGAUGGAGAGGAUCAGAAAUAUGGAGGCUCAAGUGAUACCUGGCCACGAAGAGUUUUUUUGCACACUGGUGCUGGUGUGGGUGCGUCAUCUGUUCUCCUUAUCAAACCAGACCAUAAUUUUACCGGUACUGAUGGAACUUGCGUUGCUAUUCUUACAAACUUGCAUGAAUGUGGCGAACUUACACAGUUAGCUAUGGAAAUUGUAGAAAUUUUCAGUUCGGCCACUUUCACCGAAACCUCAUAA